UCAUUCCAGGAGAAACUUCGGCUGGGCUGGUAACUGCCUCCAGGUUUCUAAAAGAAAUGUGAGCGAUCUUUUCAGUCUGUAAUCCCAUACACAGCCACACCGUCGUCAGCUUGCAGGUAGAAAAGCUGUUUGUAGACCGCGCGGGUUCCACUAGUGAAGGCGUCGCCCAGCUACGAGGCAGAGUGUAGCCCUUGGCCAGGGAGUCGGCGGCUCCCUCACGCCCGGCGGUGUCACCUCACGUGCAGCCAGACCGGGACAAUCAGGCUCCAGCUUCCGACAGGGUGCGAUCCUCUCUCACCGGAGAAACGAGGCUGACUGGUUUGAAAAUGGAAAACCAGGAGACAACAGCUUCUUCGAAGAACUCCAGACAGACUGUUCUCUCGGAGGAGUUGAUUGCAGAAGGAGAAUGGGUCAAACUUGAAAGAACAACUUACAUGGAUCCUACGGGUAAAACGAGGACCUGGGAAACUGUGAAGCGAACCACUCGGAAGGGACCGUCGGCCGACGGCGUGUCCAUCAUCCCGGUGCUGCAGCGGACCCUGCACCACGAGUGCAUCGUGCUGGUGAAGCAGUUCCGCCCGCCCAUGGGCGCCUACUGCCUUGAGUUCCCCGCAGGCCUCAUAGACGGGGAUGAAAGCCCAGAAGCAGCUGCUCUCCGGGAGCUGGAGGAGGAGACGGGCUACAAAGGGGACGUUGCCGAGUGUUCUCCAGCCGUGUGUCUGGACCCGGGCCUGUCCAACUGCACCACACACAUCGUCACGGUCACCAUCAACGGGGACGACGCGGCCAACGUCAGGCCGAAACCGAAGCCGGAGUUUGUGGAGGUGCUCUCUCUGCCAAAGAACGACCUGCUGCAGAGGCUCAGCGCGCUGGUGGCUGACGAGCAGCUCGUGGUGGACAGCAGAGUCUACGCGUACGCCCUGGCCCUGCAGCACGCGCACUCGAAACCCUUCGAGGUGCCCUUCCUCAAGUUCUGAGCCCCUCCCCUCGCCAGUCUGUACCCCCCGUAGGUGCAGACCAUCUUUUUCAUACAAUAAAAGCAGCACGGAACGCUUGCGUGCGACCUUCA